AUGGCCUUUUCUCAUUGUUUCUCCCUAUUUGUUCCACUUCUAGUCAUCAUUCUCUUGACCAACCCUACCUUAAGUGAAGCCCAAGAUUCCCAAGAUUUAAUCGACGAAGUAUGUCGACAAAUGGAAGACUAUGGUUUCUGCAACAGGGUUUUUCAUGAGAACAUGAAAAGCUCCUCAAUAGACUAUGUUGGUCUCACAGCAAUAGCAAUGGACCAGACAAUAACAAACGCAACCAACACUUACGAGUAUAUUUUGGAUCUUCUAAGGAACACAACUGACCAAUCAUUGAGGAAUGUUCUUGUUGCAUGUGAGAAUGCUUUUGGUAUAGUGAAGUCGUCGUUCGGGGCUGCCUUGCAAUCUUUUAACAGGAAAGAUUAUGAUGAUAUGUUCAAGCUUGAACGGGUUGCACCGAGAGCACAAGCCAGCUGUGAAACGAGUUUCACUGCACCACCAAGUCCUCCAAAUCCUUUGGCUGAAAGGAAUAGGGAGAUGAGGAUUCUGAUUACCAUGGCUAUUGCCUCUGGAAAGGAAAUACUAAAGCGUUGA